UGACCCCAAGGUGUGCAGCCUGAGGCAGGCACAUCCGACUCGGGCCCAAAGUCGCUUAACCCAAAGGGGAAAUGUACGCCAAGACUUCGCUUAGAUCAGCCCACACUCGUUAAGCGUGCAAAAUACGACUUCCGGCAAACUCAGAGAUAGACACUCUCACUCACCACUUCGACGACUAACGACAACAGGGUCAAGAUGAGUCACCGGAAGUACGAAGCGCCUCGGCACGGCUCUCUUGCCUACCUGCCCCGCAAGCGCGCCGCCAGACACCGUGGAAAGGUCAAGAGCUUCCCCAAGGAUGACCCCAAGAAGCCCGUCCACCUGACGGCCUCCAUGGGUUACAAGGCCGGUAUGACCACUGUUGUCCGUGACCUUGACAGACCCGGUGCCAAGAUGCACAAGAAGGAGAUUGUCGAGGCUGCUACCGUCAUCGAGACUCCUCCCCUUGUCGCUGUCGGUGUUGUCGGUUACAUUGAGACUCCCCGUGGUCUCCGCUCUCUCACCACCGUCUGGGCUGAGCACUUGAGCGACGAAGUCAAGCGUCGCUUCUACAAGAACUGGUACAAGAGCAAGAAGAAGGCUUUCACCAAGUACGCCAAGAAGCACGCCGAGGAGAGCGGUGCCUCCAUCACCCGUGAGCUCGAGCGCGUCAAGAAGUACUGCACUGUCGUCCGUGUCCUCGCCCACACCCAGGUCCGCAAGACUCCUCUCAAGCAGAAGAAGGCCCACUUGAUGGAGAUCCAGGUCAACGGUGGCUCCGUUGCCGACAAGGUUGACUUCGCCCGCAACCUGUUCGAGAAGCCCAUCGAGAUCGACAGCAUCUUCGAGAAGGACGAGAUGAUCGAUGUCAUCGCCGUCACCAAGGGUCACGGUUUCCAGGGUGUCACCUCCCGUUGGGGUACCAAGAAGCUUCCCCGUAAGACCCACAAGGGUCUGCGUAAGGUCGCUUGUAUCGGUGCCUGGCACCCUAACCACGUCCAGUGGACUGUUGCCCGUGCUGGUCAGAUGGGUUACCACCACCGUACCUCCUGCAACCACAAGGUCUUCCGCAUCGGAAAGGGCUCCGACGAGGGUAACGCCUCCACCGAGUUCGACAUCUCCAAGAAGCAGAUCACUCCCAUGGGUGGCUUCGUUCACUACGGUGAGGUCAAGAACGACUUCGUUCUCCUUAAGGGUUCCGUUCCCGGUGUUAAGAAGCGUGUCAUGACCCUCCGCAAGACCCUGUACCCCCAGACCAACCGCAGGGCCACCGAGAAGGUCGAGCUCAAGUGGAUCGACACUUCCUCCAAGUUCGGUCACGGUGCUUUCCAGACCCCCGAGGAGAAGCGUGCCUUCCUUGGUACCCUCAAGAAGGACCUUGUUACUUCCGCUUAAGGUGUUUAUGGAAAUGUCGGUUCGGUGUAGUGCAAAUUAUAUUACGUUUCAAUAAAAGCGCAGAAUACCUUUCAC